AUGUUUAUGGCAAGAUCAGAAUACGACCGGGGCAUCAACACCUUCUCGCCCGAAGGCCGCCUCUUCCAGGUCGAGUACUCGCUCGAGGCCAUCAAGCUCGGCUCAACAGCCAUCGGGGUGGCCACGUCGGAGGGCGUGGUGCUGGGCGUCGAGAAGCGCGUGACGUCGACGCUGCUCGAGACGUCGUCCGUCGAGAAGAUUGUCGAGAUCGACCGGCACAUCGGGUGCGCCAUGUCCGGGCUGCAGGCCGACGCCCGCAGCAUGGUCGAGCACGCCCGCGUCGAGUGCCAGAGCCACGCCUUCAACUACAACGAGCCCCUGCGCGUCGAGUCCUGCACCCAGGCCAUCUGCGACCUGGCCCUGCGCUUCGGCGAGUCCGCCGACGGCGAGGAGAGCAUCAUGAGCCGGCCCUUUGGCGUCGCCCUGCUGAUUGCUGGCUACGACGAGGACGGCCCGAGCCUGUACCACGCCGAGCCCAGUGGCACCUUCUACCGCUACGACGCGAAGGCUAUUGGCAGUGGAAGUGAGGGCGCACAAGCGGAGCUGCAGAACGAGUAUCACAAGUCACUGACCAUCAUCGAUGCUGAGACCCUGGUCCUGAAGACCCUGAAGCAAGUCAUGGAGGAGAAGCUAGAUUCGAAGAACGUCCAGCUGGCGAGUGUUACCAAGGAAAAGGGCUUCAGGAUAUACACAGAUGAGGAGAUGGCCGCCGUCGUAGAGCGCCUACCAGCGAACUAG